ACCCGACACUUGAGCCACGUUUUUCGCGACUUUUCCUGGAUUUUCCGCCAAACCAUGCUCCUGAAUUUAUUCGUAUUGUGUGUGUUAUAGUGUGUGUGUGAGUGGAUAUUUUCGGGCUAUGUGUAGCACAUAAUGAAAGCGUUUGUUGCUGCUUCACGGAUGCCUUGAGGCAAUAUGAAAUUUGUACGGAGUCUAGACGUGCGGCUGAUCGCCCUGUGGAGCACUUGUAUACUGGUCCCGGCUAUCGCUUGCCCCUCCCAGUGUGUUUGCAAGUGGAAAAACGGCAAACGAUAUGUGGAGUGCACCGACAAAGAUUUAAAAGCAAUCCCCGAUUCGCUAGACUCCGAAACACAAGUAUUAGACUUCACGGGCAACGAUUUGCAAGUCCUACAAAAGGAGGCAUUCCACAAACUCGGCCUGUUAGACUUACAGAAAAUAUAUCUCCAGAGAUGUCGGUUGCAGAAAAUCGAUAACUUCGCCUUUAGGGGCCUCGCCAAUUUAGUCGAGUUAGAUCUAUCCAAUAAUUACAUCACAGUCGUCCCAUCCAGCAACUUUGUCUUUUUUCCAUCCCUAAUGAGACUCUCUUUGAACAACAAUCCUAUAACGAAUAUAAAAACUCACUGCUUCCAACAUCUGUCCUAUCUGAAUACAUUAGAGUUGAGCAAUUGUAAAAUUGAAAGUAUAGAAGCGGAGGCUUUCGCUGGAUUGAAACACUUAGAAUGGCUCCGACUGAAUGGUAACAGGCUAUCAAAUAUUCAAGGCGAUAAUUUGUUUCCCGAUACGUUGCGGGGUAUCGAUCUGGAGGGUAAUAAUUGGAAUUGCGAUUGUCAUUUGCGCGAUUUACAUAGCUGGCUAUCAAGUUUCAAUAUGCCACACGCCGUCGAGCCAAUUUGCUCGCUACCUGAGCGACUGAAAAAACGCACAAUCACAAGUGUCGAUGAAUUCGAUUUAGCGUGCUUGCCAAAAAUUACCCCAACCCUGUCGUUUAUAGAGACGAAUAUUGGAAAUAAUAUAACCCUGGAAUGUAUAGUAAAGGCUGUGCCUGAGGCAAAAAUACAAUGGUUUUAUCAAGGACAACUGAUACGCAAUUACUCGACGUCUGCCGCCGAGCCUCACCAUGUUUUCUACGUAGAGAACGGAGUUAUCGACAAAAAAAGUGAACUACACAUUUACAACAUCGGUAAUGAUGAUAAUGGAACCUACUCUUGUAUUGCCGAGAAUUCAGCUGGAAGAAUUCGAACGAAUUACACAAUUAAAAUUCUUAUUAAAGAAGAACCAGUUGUCAUCGUGGUUACAUUUCCCCAUAGACACUUAGUAGUGAUUAUAACAGUGAUAUUCCUUAUAAUUGUCCUUUUUAUCGUUAUAAUAACGGUGGUGUUAUUAAAAUUUAAAACGGAUACGAGAAGUCGUAAAAAGAAGGAAAGUGGAAAGGACGUCGCGUUAUGUAAUCAAAUUUUGCCUUCUAGUCGAGGUAAUGGCUCUUUGCCCAAAAACAACGGUAGCGUUAUAGUGAACGCACAUUCGCACCACUCAUUGCAUUAUACAGUGCAAACAAACCGAGAAUUCGAGUCGAACGACACGUAUCAAAGCAAUAACAUGAAAGGCUUUGUAGACAGAAAUCCCGACCUAAUUAGCGAUGCGGAAACGGUUGCAAACAACGCUCAGAAUGAGAAUACUGUGUUAUCGGUUUACAAAACGCAAACCGGAACCGAUACCUUUGAGGAAGAGACUGCCUUUACUACACCAUCCGUACAAAGACAGGUCACCUGGCAAGACCAGCAAACCGCUAACAGUAUGAGCCUACCACAAAACGCAAUGUACCAACAUUCGGCCGACGUUCAUCUUAACCCUGGCUGCUUUUUAGACAGUGAUGGGUAUCCUUUUGACUACGGCCUACCUAAACACCCAUGUCGAGCGCCAAUGAUGUCUAAUUAUGCCGUUGUCGGCCCCUUUUACCAAACACUGCCUCAUAAUCGGCCAAAAGGUCAAAAGCUCGCUUGUAAGUUCACUAAAGACACAGAAUUUAACGUGACUCCGCCCCCUUGUGGUAACUUCGAAAUGUUUAACGGGACAAAUGUGCGACGUACUUUAGAGGGAUACCCAGUUCCUCGCAACCGCCAAAUUGCUUUUGUAGGAAAUGGGACAGUGUAUUAUAAUGAAGAAUUCGUGCCUUCGCCGCCCGAAGGUUAUAAAACUGAGGCAGUGCAGUGUUGCGCCACCCAAGAGCCAUGUGCAGCUUGGAACCCGAAAGGAACAUGUGCUGUCAUGGUACCAAUGGGAAUAGAAACUCCCGGUAGGUGUUACCAAGUGGAAACUAGGUGUGUAGAUACCCAAACAUCAGAUACACGAGUACCGGGGGAAGGUACGGAAAACGUUCUAAAACCACUGCCACAAGUCGCUAAAUGUGCGUCUGAUAUAUGUUCGGAAAGCCCUGACGAGGGGUAUGUGGGGGACGCUAACGACAUCUGACGACGACGGCGUAACGAUAACGCGUAAACAGGGCAAUUUAGACGCUACCGAAGUGAUAAAGCGACUGAGUAUGAAUAGUUUUGUAUAUAUAACAAGUGUACAGUGCACGAUAUAUUUGCGUUCCGUUUAAUGUGCGUUAUUUGAGUUAAAUUAAUCACUUGUGAACUACAAUUACCAAAGUUUUCUAGUCAAAAGCUGUGUUAGUAUUUUUUUGAUAAUAAUGUGUGUUUGCUCAUUUUUGUAAUUAUGACAAUCUUGUGCCAAGUUCGAAAUAGUAGUUAAGACUAAAAUACGCCUAAACUAUUUGUUAUGAAGCAUUUCUGUUAUUGCACUUGAGAGAAAAUUGGUUUUUAAAAUGAAAUAUUGUAGACUCCGGAAUUCUGUUCCAGACUGUUUUAAAACAUUUUCUAUUGUUCUCAUUUUAGUUGUAUCUUAAGGAACUUUCUUAGAGCCUUCUAGUCUGGAAUUAUUUUUAGAGAAAAAUCUUAUGAGUGUAAAGUCUAUUCGUCGAUUUUUAUACUUAGUAAAUAUUUGUUUUCACUAGAUAACAAAAUACGGUUUUAAUUAAAAUAUACAUAAUUUGAUUCUUAAAAUAAUAGUUUUAAAUACAUUAAGGUAAUUCCUCAUCUUUCUACGUUUUAAUAUUCACGCGGACCCUUGGACUCUUAAACUAAAUAGUUAUAUAUUAAAUGUAAAUAAUAAAUAUACAAUAUUAUAAUGUAAAUAUUAGAUUUUAUUACAUCUCCAAAUGGAAUCGAGUAGCGAAAGCCUGUUCACAUCACUCGCACUAAAAUUAUAUUAGCUGAAUUCACAAUAUGAGUAUAAAUUCAUAAUAUUAAUUACUAUGUUAUGAUUUUCAUACACUUCGAUAUUAAAUAAUUUUAUAGCGUAAAAUUAUUAUGAUUCGCUAACGAUUCAAUCAAUUUGUCGUAUUUGAAUUACAUAGAUAAUGUAUGUAACACAUGUAUUAUAUUAAAUACAGUCUGAAUACAUUAUAUUGUUUGCACGAUUAAUUAUUUCACUUAUAAUAAGCUCAUAUUUAAAGGUCCUUAUGAUUUUGUUUUCACCGGGCCCGAUAUGGUUGUGACACAUGUAUUAAAACUAAAUUCUCACUCAAAUUAAACACGUUUUUCCUUUUUACCAUUUACAAAAAACUGUGUAUAUUACCUGCAAAAAGGGUAAAAAGAUUUUUAAUA